AUGUUAUACCUAGCAAUUCUAAUCUUGCUAUUAUUACUAGUAGGUGCAUCCCUGUACUUAUUAGUGUGUGUAGACCCCAACUCUCCAGGAUUCUUAGGGGAUAUGAAUAGAUUUGUAUUCUUCACUCUUCCUGAGACAAUCAAAAAGAUAUGUGGAGAUAAAAUAUUCGGAGUCUUCAAAAUAGGAAUAAAAUACUUUUUCUUUACUAAUCAUCCAAUAGUGUAAAUAUUCUAUGUAAUUGUGGCAAUGGGAGGAUAUUUGAUUUAUUUCUUUUUUGGAUGUUUCACAUUGUUUGGUAAUAAUCCUUUUGUGUCCCAUGUAGACACAGUAAUUGGAUCAAUUAUGGCAAUCUUGUCUUUCUAUUCCUUUUUUUAAGCUUGUAAAUAUCGACCAGGAAUAAUAACUAAGGAGAAUAAUUAAGAGUACGUUAAGGAAUUUAAGGAGUACUACGAUAAUGUAGUUUAUUUGAAAGAUAAUCAAUGCAGCACAUGUAAUAUUAUCAAGCCAGCAAGAAGUAAGCAUUGUAGAGUAUGCAAUGUAUGCGUAAGUAAAUUUGAUCAUCAUUGUGUUUGGAUCAAAUAAUGUGUUGGAUAAAAGAAUUAUAAGUACUUUGUGAAAUUCAUCAUCCUUCAUGCCAUGCUCUGUGAUUAUGGAGCUUACUUAGGCUUUCGUUGUAUAUGGGGGAUCAUUGUGAAAGAAAAUCUAUUUGAAGCUAAAAUCAAAGAUCCUUAUACAGGAUAGACAUUAAAAGCUAGUUGGUCUAUUAUAAUAAUGCAUCUGUUAAGUAAAAACUCAAUAUUCAUUUUUCUUAUCAUUAUGUGUAUUAUAAUGGGUAUUUCUUUGACAUGUUUUUCAAUUUAUCAUUUGUAUAUGAUUGGAAAGGACACUACAAGUAAUGAAAGGAUGAAGAGAAGUGAGUUUUUGAAGUUCUUCCAAGAAGAGACUUCGCGCAUAGAAAAGUCACUCAAAGAUGCAAAAACUCAAGAGGAGAUUAAGGAGUUAAGUGAUAAAUUGGAGAAAAUUAAGUCAUGUAAAAAUAGGACAAUUUCAGCUAAAUCCAUAGGGAUUUGGAAGGGAUUGAAGUAAGUGUAUAAUCAACCAGAUGAAUUGGAUCAGAAAAUUAAAAUAAACAAUAAAAAAAAAUAAUGA